AUGGCUGACCCUCUACGCCGAACUCUCUCCAAGCUGCGGGGCAGGCGGUCGCAGCGAGGGGCAACAGGCACAGGAGAAGUCGCCGGGCACCCCAACGGGGGAGGCGGCAGCAGAACCGGCGUCCUGCGAGGUAAAGCCUCACGGAGCGUGCAGCAUCAAGGAAACGGGGCGGCGGCGACGGGAGCGCCGUGCGUUCUCCUGGGCAGCCCAGCGAGCGGCAGCGGCGAGGCCCCCCACGAGUCCCCGCUGGUGUUGCCGGGGCGGCGGGAACCGAUCACUUGGUCCCGGCCGGGGAAGGCGGCGAUGCCUGGGGAACGGUUGCCCGGAGUCUGCAUAGCUCGCCCAUGCCCUCCGAGAAACCGCGUGGAAGGGACACCGCAGCCGCCUAGCCCCCCGGGGCUCCGUGCGCCUUCGCCUGCCGAGCUCCGCUUGUCGCCCACCUCCUUUUUCCAGAGGGGUGCGGAUUCGGGAUCUGCCCUGGAGCGGGGCGGCGGGAGCGAGGAAGACGAUUACUACGAUAACCAGAGCCUGCCCGGCUGGAGCUGCCAAGGAGCGUCCGGUGCACAGGACGAGGUGUGGGGAGGCAAGGAGGGCAGCGUGGUUGCCGGCGGCGGCGGCGGCAGCAGCAGUAGCAACAGCCGGGCCAGGGCACGGGAGAGCACCGGCAGGCUCCGCAGCCAGCUGCAGGAAGCCUACUACCUGCUGAUCCACGCCAUGCACGACCUGCCGCCGGCCAGCCCCACCGUCGGGGUCCUCUCCCCCCAGCCUCUCCCCCACCGUCCUUUCUCCGAGGCUGGGGAGAGGAAGGAUGCGCUAACCUGGCCUCUCUCGGGCGGGGACGGUUGCUCUCAGCUGCACGGGGCCGAGCCCGACUCCCAAGGCACAGCCAGGGGCCUCGCCUGGCGCCAGGGCAUCAGCAAGAGUCUGGAGAGCCUCCCCUUUGCCCAGCCCGCCGCCCAACCGCCGUCCCUGCGGAGGUGUAGGAGCAACAGCGCGCUCCCAUCGCAGCUCCAAGAGCCGCCGGCGCCCCAGGGCCACCUGCUGCAGGAGCCGCCGCCGCUGCCUGGCAUAAGGCGGGAAGCCUGUUCUCUUGCAGCUGCCGCCGGCCGCUCUGGCGACGGCAGCUGCGAACAGAGCGCCAGCGGCCGAAGCGUUUGCGGGUUGGAUCCGUCGGCGCUCCCGGACGACUUGGAGCAGCUGCUGCUCCCGAAGUUUGCGCCGGAGCUGUGCACCGCCUUGGGUGAUGCAGUGGCGCUGAAGGACAGCGUGGAUCCAGCAGAGGCGGGUGGCGGCGAGAGAAGUCACCAGCACCCGUCGACAGCAGACGCCCAUGAGGGCCUCUCCAAGCCGCCUGCCGUGACGGUUCGGAAGCUGCAGAAGUGGAUGUACAAAGGACGCCUGCUCUCCCUGGGCAUGCGAGGCCGCGGCGGGACAGCUGGGACUUCCUCCCCUUCCUCUCCCGCAAAGGCCCUCGGGACCUGCCGGCCACUUCUUAGCAGAGAAGGCGCAGCCACUCCGCCCCCUGCCCCCCUGAGGAGGGGGCACAGUGGUAAGGCCCUAGUGUCCUCUUCAGACCAAAGAAUCUUGCUGACAGAUUUGAUUGAAAAUGUUUACAUACCUUCUGUAAGCAGAAGAGAACUUAAGAACUUUAAAUCCAGUGAAGGUGCUGAGUGCAGGCCUCGGAUUACAAGCAUCACAGUGUCCAAGAAGCGGAACUGGUUACAUCAAAGUUCACCAAGGGUACCUAAUUUGGAAAAAGGAAACUCUUGUAAGAAAAUUUCAGGGGAAAGUCACCAGAUAUUGAAAUCUCCCAGUCCUUUGCUUGAGCCGAAGAUGCCUCCAACGUUCUCCAAACUUCUAGAGCAUGAAAGCCCCAAAAGAAGAAUCAGUCCUGUACAUGCUGCUGAGAAUGGGACGAGACUUUUGGCACUGCGAAAAUGUACUUUAGAUUUUGGUGAAGAUAACGAUGCAGACGAUGAAGGAGAAAUAUGGUACAAUCCUAUCCCUGAAGACGAUGAGACUGACUUCCCUUGUAUUGUAGGUAGUAAUGCUGAUCAUUUGGACUCUCAGGCCAUGAGUUACAAGAUGCCCUCUGGGAAUGAGUUGGUUAAAGUCAUAGGGGAUAACGACAGCCUUCUACACUUCUCGGACUGUGUUGGAAAUGUUCAGCCAAGGGAAAUUAAUCAAGUAAAUUGUGUGCAUUCCAUGGAACACUUGCAAGUGCCCAAGCUGAAGCCUGGAUGCAGUGUUCUGACUGGGUGUGCAAUGGAGGACAAUCCUGCAUUAAAAGUUUCUUUGGGAGGACCUGGAAUGUUGUCUGCAAGCAAGGUUGAGACAGGAGCAGCGGAUUGUUCUCCUCCAAGUCCUAACCCUUUAAAAAAAGGUGGUUCAAUAAACUGGUCUUUCCCGGAUAAAAUAAAAUCCCCAAGAACGGUGAGGAAACUUUCCAUUAAAAUGAAAAAAUUGCCAGAGCUCAGCCGGAAGCUGAGUGUCAAAGGAAAUUCAAGCCAUAAUAGUUCGGACAAUUCUUCGUUGCUUAAAACUAAUUGCCAGGAUAUAGGCCAUGCAUCAUUACCCACUUCUGGGAACAUAACGGCAGCUGCUAGCAGGAACGUUAUAAGCCGGUACCAUCUUGAUAGCAGUGUAUCCUCUCAGCACAGCUACAAAAAGAAAAGCAAUGGGAGUUCCAAAUCCUCCAGCAAAGGGGGCUACCUCAGUGAUGGUGACUCUCCCGAGCUUAUAACGAAAUCAGGGAAACAUGCAGCUGAAAGCAGGACUGGGAAAGGAAAAGAAGCAUUCCCAAGCAACAACGGCAGUAAGACCGAAAUAGACAUCGAUGCUUUCCGACACUACAGUUUCUCUGACCAACCCAAAUGUUCCCAAUACAUAACUGGACUCAUGAGCAUUCACUUCUAUGGCGCAGAGGAUCUGAAACCACCACGGAUGGACUCGAAAGAUGUCUUCUGUGCAAUUCAGGUAGAUUCUGUGAAUAAAGCAAGGACUGCCUUGCUGACGUGCAGAACGACAUUUUUGGACAUGGAUCACACUUUUAACAUAGAAAUAGAAAAUGCCCAGCAUUUAAAAUUAGUGGUCUUCAGCUGGGAGCCCAUGCCAAGGAAAAACCGGGUUUGCUGCCAUGGUACGGUGGUUCUUCCCGCUCUUUUCCGAGUGACAAAGACUCAUCAGUUGGCAGUAAAGCUGGAGCCGAGAGGCCUUAUUUAUGUCAAACUGACCCUUCUGGAACAAUGGGAGAACUCUCUCAAUGGACUAGAUGGAGAACGGGAACCAGUCAUGUUUGGGGUAGACGCUCGGAAAGUUGUUGAGAAGGAGAACGUAGGCUUGAUGGUGCCCCUCUUGAUGAAGAAGUGCAUUAUGGAAAUUGAAAAAAGAGGCUGCCAGGUUGUAGGCCUGUACCGUUUAUGUGGCUCAGCAGCUGUCAAGAAAGAGCUGAGAGAGGCAUUUGAGAAGGAUAGCAAAGCGGUUGCUCUCUGUGAAACCCAGUACCCAGAUAUAAAUGUGAUAACAGGUGUCCUCAAGGAUUAUUUAAGAGAAUUGCCUUCUCCCUUGAUCACCAAACAACUCUAUGAAGCAGUAUUGGAUGCCAUGAUGAAAAAACCCUUGAAAAUGACAACAAAUGGAUGUGAGAAUGAACCUAGUGAUUCUGAACAUACAAUGGCUCUCUUGGAUUGCCUGCCAGAAGUCGAGAAAGCAACUCUGAGGAUGCUGUUGGACCAUCUGAAAUUGGUGGCUUCAUACCAUGAAGUAAACAGAAUGACAUGCCAGAACUUAGCCGUAUGUUUCGGGCCUGUGUUGCUGAGCCAGCGGCAGGAAACCACCAAUCAUAACAACAGAGUUUUCACAGAUUCGGAAGAGCUUGCCAGUGCCUUGGACUUCAAAAAACACAUAGAAGUUUUACAUUACCUACUUCAGUUGUGGCCAGUGCAACCUUUGACUGCCAAAGGAUCUGCCAUGCCUGAGCAGCCGUGUUCAGUGAAUUAUCUGAGACCGAAGAAGCAGCGGCCUCAAAUGCUGAACUUAAGCAGUACCGAGAUGUCCGGGAUCCUGAGGUCCAGGCCAGCCAGACUGGAUAGUCCUUCAAGUAACCGCUAUGCUGGAGACUGGAGUGGCUGUGGGGAGAGUUACUUUAUUAGCCCCAAAGAGUCUCUGAAUGACGCAGACUAUGACGACGUCCCUUCCGAAGAUGCAGAAAGUGGGGAUGAUGGUAGCAGAGUGGAUGGUUCGGAGAAGUUGCUCGGGCGACCCAAUUGCAUGGCCAAAGAACAUACAUUUCAGGCUUAUUUGACAAUGCAAACCAUGGAUUCUUCAGUGAACCACCGGGUAAACCUCAAAGACUUGCAGGAAAGCAUUGAUAUUUUGAUAGGAAACCUGGAACGGGAACUCAAUAAAAACAAGCUCAAUAUCAGUUAUUAAUGCUGUCCCUUAGCAACGGCUCCUUUUUGGGUAUGUCCUUUUCCCCAAGAGAGAGUGGGGAAAACAUGCAACUUCGGGUGGAGUGCUGGGAUUGUAAUUGCAUUGUGCAGUGGUUUUGCUCCACCAUAGGGUUAGUGCAUUCACAUAUUACCGGCUGUUGUGGCUUUGACAUUACUUCUCUCUCUGUCCACCCCACCCCCCUUUCCCAUUUGGAGAAGGCAUCAGCUUGACCUUCUGGGUUUAAAUUGAUACGUUUGCGAAAUGAUUCUAGGAUUUCCCCUUGCCCCUUCAAGGUAUUAUGCACUUAUGAAAUUUGGAUGGUUCAUGCAAGAUAUGCAAGGCAUCAGCUCUGUCUAUGUUACCCAGGAACAGCACUCCUUGUUCCUGAAACUUUAGCCCUGGUACGGAUAUUCUCCCGGAAGGGAGGAUUAAUGUUGCUGCUUAUGUGAUAAUAUGCAGCGCAAACCCUAGGUAGAUCGUGUUCUACCCUAUUUUGACACCUUUUCACUUGCAAUGCAAAAGCUGCUAUGAAAGAAAAAGAAGCUUUUUAUAUAUCACUCUAUCUCUAUAUAUAUGAAAAAGUUUAAUUGUACAAAUAAUAAUGUAUUCCUGUAUUAACACUUUCCAGCAAUUAUUUAAAACUGCAAAAAAUUAAAUAUUUUUCUAACUUUUGUUUUGUACAUAUUUAUAUAUAUUAAAAAAAAAAGAACUUUGGAGUUGAGCCACUCCGCUUUGGGUACAGUGCCUGUGCAUUGAGCAAUCACCAUAUGAUGUAAUAGGGCAUACGAUUGGAGAACUCCCUCCUCCUGCGGGGUAUAUGCAUGGGGGCAUGCACAGGACAGGACAUUGUGGGAAAUAGGAGGACUGUGCAUCACUCUGAUACACCAUCCAGCCUUGCCACA